CCUCUCAGUGUGCCGGAUAUUCAUUAGUCGAAGAGGAACAACAACUCCAGCUACUGCACAGACACACAUGGACAUAAGAAGAUAAUUUAGAACGAACAUUUCAAACAUUUUCACGUCGACAUCACUCGACAGGAGACGUGUAAUGGCGGGCAGCAGAUUGGAGAAGUUUGGGACUGUGUUCACCAGGGUACGGGAUCUAAUGCACUCUGGGGUCAUAAAGCAGUCAGAGAAACCGAUAUGGUUUGAAGUUUAUGAAGCAUUUCCUCCAAAGAGGGACCCACUGUAUGUGAAACCAUGGAGACGUUCCCCUGUCAAGAAAGAAGAAACUGUUCCAGAGAUCUUCUACAGAGAGGAUGCAGUCAGAGCAAAGUUCUAUGAGACGUACACACCAGGUCGACCUUUUGAUCUGUCCAGGUCAAACUUUGUUUCCACGUGUCAGAGGUUUGUAGAUAAGUACACAGAGUUGCAGAGUCGUGGUGAGUUUGAGGAGUCGGCUCUGUUUGAGGAGACGGGGAAAGCGUUACUUGCUGAUGGUGUGCUGCUCAGACGCAGAGGAGAUCCUUCUAUGCCAGCAGAGUCAAGAGACCCGGUCCUGGACUUGAAGCUGACAGAGAUGUUGGCUGAGCAGCAGACGGCUUCUGACGGCGAGGAGACAACACGACACACAGACAAACACGCACCUUAGAUGUUGUGUGAUCAGCUGUUCGGGUCAUGCAUUUUAUCAAAACGUGCGAGUCGAGACAUGAAUGUCAGAGUGUCAGCUGAGAUGACGAACUAAGACUGUAAACAUGCAGCUUCAUGUCAGCUCCCACAGUGCAUUGCUGUACUCAGUGCUUGUUGUUGUUUUUUUUUCCAUCAAGGUUAUAAUAUAAGGAGGAAGAUGCAGAUGAAAUCUAUUUAAUGCUCUGAAGUGAAGGUUUAUCUGUUAUUUCAGGUUUACUAUAGGAGCAGAUUCACAGGAGAAAAUUAAAAUCUGUUUUUUAUAAAUAAACAAUCUCUGAUAAUAAUUA